AGAACAUACCGAAAACUUCAUUCACGGAAUGCUAAACCAUUUGAACGUCGAAUCUCGCCCCACUGAGAUAUUCAGAAUGGAAAUGCUAUCCAAGUCUCGCCUCCUCAAAAACAGCCCAGCCUACGAAAACGUUUUUAUUCGCAAAUCGAUGACCUUACAGGAAAGAACACGCGAAAGAGAACUUCGUAUUGCCGCACGUGAACUGAACGAGAAAGAAGAACAGCUAAAUGGAUUGAGUGUUUGCCCCCUGCACUUCUACUUCAGAAAAAUUCUGCCACUUUCAAAAAAGCCUUGUCCAAGAUCGAUGUUCUUGAGUUACUUUAGCUACGAGACGUUAAAUGAUAAUAUCUACAUCCAUCCGACCACAUUUUACUUCCUUUCUUUCCGAUUGCUUCAAUGUUAUUUUUAGCUCUGUUUUUCCUUUUUGGUUGUCUUUAUAAGUUCUAGCACCUUGCCUUUUUUGCCUUUAGUUUCCGCUCAGGUCGUAUUAGACCCGUUGAGUCUGCGUGAUCACCUUGUUUGGUUGAGACCCGACUACCAUAUGCGUGUUCUUGCGGGUGGACUAGUAAGCUCUAGGCGGCAUACAUGAGUUAGUGUAGGCACUCUUUAGUUAU